CAUUUAAUCACUUCUUUUUUUAUUGGAAAAAAUGUUCUUGUAGUAGAUAUAAACAAUCAUACUUUUUCUUCCUUUGCUGAAAAUAUAUGCUAUUUCAGAAAUAUGAUUUAUAACCGAUGGUAGGUAACGUCCACAGUCCACACAGCACAAGUAAGCAACACAAGAAUUUUCCGCCUUCCAGGCGCCAUGCUUUGUCCUCACGGCACUAUUUUGUACGGCAGCCAUCGACAGCAAAUCGCCAACUCCCAUCGCAUAUCAUUCCAGAGCAAGAAGUACAACAGCAAGGACAAAAUAUAGCCGGCGCAUCCUCCUCUGCACAUCCCACUAAAAGACGUAUAUCGAAAAAAUGGGCUAAAGUUGAUGAAGAAUCUACGGAUGGUUUAUCUUCCCAAGAUCGUCUUGUCGAAUUUCUCUUAAGUAAGGAUGGUAAAGAGCUGAAAGCAUUUCAAGAAUUAAAUAAAGAUGAAUCCAAAGGAACUCGCAAAAACGAUUACAAAUAUAAAUUGGCUCAACGGUGUUUGAAGUAUUUUCGUGACAGAGGUGUAGAAACCCGUACAGCCGAUGAUUUAAGAAUGCGUAUUGAUGCCGUUUACAAAACAUACGUAUUUGCUUAUACUGAGGCACAUAGGACAGUAGCAGAAGAAGAUAAAAAGAAUUUACUAACUGAAGAGCAAUUUGAAGAUUAUAUUGAUACAAUCUGUCCAAAGUUUAAAGUUUUUGAAAAAUAUCUUGGAGAACCGACAGUGAAAGACAAACGUGCUGACAAGGAGCAUGCUGAUUUUGCACCUCGCGCUACAGAACCACUCCAAAUACAACCAGCGAUCGAUAAGACCAAACAACAAACAUCUAAAUUACCGGUCAUGCCGCUUGAUACUGUUGUGACCACUUCAUCCACCAUACCUCAAGCAACAAACGAAGCGCACCGUAAAUCGCCGAAUGAAGAAGAAGGAAAAUUAGCCGCAGCCUUGCUUCCUGCUCAAGAACAAGUGAUAAUUGGAGGAGGAAGCAAUGCAUCGUCUCAAUCCACAACAAGUACUGCAACUGAAAUGAGUGCUAACGAAAUUUUCAAAAAGUUAAUUGAAGUUACUGGAAAGCUACUAUCAUUAGCAAUAACGACGGACAAUUGUGUAACUAACACUUUCGAAGAACAACAACAGCUAUUAAAAGCCAAAGGCGUUCUAGAAAUUCAGUCACGUCGAUUAGGAUAUAUCAAAGCAGGAAUAUCUGUUGAUGAGGCCAGUAGAAUGGUAAAACAAGAACUUGAAGCGUUUCUUGAACAAUUCCAAGUUGACAAUCUUCAAAAACAAUGA